AGAGAUGUUUGUCUUUCUGGUAUCAUAUGCGCAGUUAUUAUGCUGCACAUAUGGGGACCCUAGAGGUUUCUAUGACAGAUGGUAGUGGUAGUGAAACGAUAUUGUUUAGCCAAACAGGUAAUCAGGGCAAUGAAUGGUUACAAGAAAAAUUAGAAAUACCAGCUGUAGAUGAUUUGGAGAUUAUAGUUAAAGGAACCUCAGGAACUGGUUGGAUGUCAGAUAUGGCUGUUGAUGGUAUAUCAUUGGUUCCUGGUACCUGUGCAAGUCCUCUGGCAACACCUGAUCCAACCAAAACAACAACUACUACCACAACAACUACUCCAACCACAACAACUACGCCUACUACAACAACUACUCCAACCAUAACGACAACAACUACGCCUACUACAACAACUACUCCAACCAUAACGACAACAACUCCUACGACAAACCAAGAGUAUUCGAUAUUCGAGUGUACUGCAGAGACUGAUCAAACAUGUAUGUUUAUUCAAUCCACUGAUGAUACAUUUAAUUGGGAAAAAAAAUCAGGUCCAGCUCCAUAUUAUGAAUAUAGUGGAAUAACGGGUGUGACUGGUCCUGGUGGUGCAAAAGAGGGAUCUGUAUAUUUCUAUACAAAGACUUAUCCAGAUCGGAAUCCGGGCGACGUUGCAGUUAUGUUUACUGAUAUAGAUUUUCAAAAGGUCGAGAGAUGUUUCUCUUUCUGGUAUCAUAUGCGCAGUUAUUAUGCCGCACAUAUGGGAACACUAGAGAUUUCUAUGACAGAUGGUAGUGGUAGUGAAACGAUAUUGUUUAGCCGAACGGGUAAUCAGGGCAAUGAAUGGUUACAAGAAAAAUUAGAAAUACCAGCUGUAGAUGAUUUGAAGAUUAUAGUUAAAGGAAUCUCAGGAACUGGUUGGAUGUCAGAUAUGGCUGUUGAUGGUAUAUCAUUGGUUCCUGGUACCUGUGCAAGUCCUCUGGCAGCACCCGCUCGAACCACAACAGCUACUCUAACCACAACAACUACUCUAGCCACAACAACUACUCCGACAACAACAACUUCUCCAACCACAACAACUACUCCGACCACAACAACUACUCCAACCACAACAACAACGCCAACUACAACAACUACUCCGACGACAACUACGCCUACUACAACAACUACUCCGACGACAACAACAACUCCUACGACAAACCUAGUUAUUGAAUGUGGCUUUGAACAAGGACAAACAUGUGCGUUCGAAAAUAUUGAAAAUCCUGAUAUAGAAGACUUCGAUUGGACUCUAGAUCAAUCAGGCUCAACAUCUACCAAAAGAACUGGUCCUGCGGCUGCACACAGUGGUGACAAAUAUGCCUAUAUUGAGGUUAAUAGUCAAGAGUCCGGCGAUAUUGCAAUUUUGUCCUCAACUUAUACUGACCUGACCUCCUCUUCGUAUUGCCUCAGUUUUUACUAUCACAUGUAUGGUAAACAUACCGGAGAUCUAGCAGUGUACACAGAAGAACGUGACACAGGCAUGUGGUCGACUCUUUGGGAUAAAUCCGGCAAUAAAGGAGAUCAAUGGAUAUAUGCUAGUAUGGAUAUUACUGGAUAUUCAGACCUUGUCAUUGAAAUCGAGGCUACGAAAGGAGGAACAUGGAAUAAGGGUGAUAUUGCAAUUGAUGAUAUAAUGUUAAGUAUCGGUUCUUGUAAUUAGCUGUUCAUUUUUCACACUACUCGAUAUUGCGUGAACUGAAAAAGGACAUUGAUUGACUACCGUUAUCAAAAUUAUCUGUUCCAGAAAUGUAACUAAUAGUCUAGCUAAUAUUGCUCUAUUCUUCUUUAAAUCUUUUUUUAAUAUCAGAAGAUGUAUGAUAAAAACCAAUUAGUGACCGCUUUGAAUAAAGUUAUAAGUUUAAGAGUGUUAAAUCACAUUUUUCUUCAUGUAGUUAUUUUUGAGAGAAAACAUAUCUUAUUAAAUGUAUUAAAAACUAAU